GCAUCAGAGCUCGGUCCAUUUGCGUAGCCCUGUGCGUUGCAGCUUUAACUGGUCCAGCAUGCCUUGCGGUGUCCCAGUUCUGUUCCGAUGUAAUUUACAAGUGAGUGAGGUCUGCACCUCUGAUGGGCAGUGCAGCGGGGCUAGCAGGCAGAGCAGCAGAUGUUGAAAGCCCCCACCUUGUCGGAUGUCCGCUGUCCGGGGCGCACUCGUGUUUACAUCCACACACGGGUUGUUUCAUAGGAGAGGCGGGGAGGUGCGCACACCGUUGACUCCGAUGCAGGCACGGAUCGACACGGAAUAAACACAGAUCUCCCGCAAGUGGCCCCCAUCGCAAGUACCGGAUUUUGUUUCAUUUUUUAUUUUUAUUUUUUUUUUAGAGAAAUACAACACAAAAGAGGACAGUCACAAAUGCUCUGACCAACACUGAUCUGCGGCUCACCGGAGACCCGUACCCUCCAAUCAAUCCAGUCAUCUGUGCGAGGCUCGGACAAAGCCGGAGCUGCGUCGCCAUGGAUGGAAAAUAAAAGAAUAGCAGCACCCCCUUGUGGUGUGGAGGACUGAAGGGGGAGGUGGGGGCCUCUGGAUGAAGGCCAUGGAGCUGAAGGUGUGGGUGGACGGAGUGCAGCGCAUCGUGUGCGGGGUCACGGAGUUCACCACAUGCCAGGAAGUGGUCAUUGCUUUGGCACAAGCCAUCGGGCGGACCGGCAGAUACACUUUGAUCGAGAAGUGGCGGGAGACGGAGCGCCACCUGGCUCCGAAUGAGAACCCCGUGGUGUCCCUCAACAAGUGGGGUCAGUAUGCCAGCGACGUGCAGCUCAUCCUCCAGCGCACCGGCCCGUCCGUCAGCGAGCGGCCGAACUCCGACGGGCUGGCGCGCGUCCCGGAACGGGGCCUCUACCGCCAGAGCCUCCCGCCCUUGGCCAAGCUCCGCUCGUCGGGGGCCGACCGCUCCCUCAAACGGAGGGAGCCCAAACGCAAGUCUCUGACCUUCACGGGAGGCGCCAAGGGUCUGUGGGACAUAUUUGGAAGAAGCAGGGAGACUGAAGCCAAGCAGGCCCAGCAACGUGGAGUGAGCCUGAACCUGAGCAGAGUCAGAGGGGAUGGAACAGCUUCUGUACCUGGGAGCCCGGCCAGAGAGCUGGGCCGGCUGGUGCAGCUGCAGAGGGACAAGCUCCAGGCCCUGGAGAGCCGCCUGCUGGGCUGCGAGGCCGAGCUGCGAGACUGGGAGGAGGCCACGGGCGAGGCUGGCGAGGAAGGAAACUUGGGGGACGAGCUGCUGCUUCUGGAGCAGCAGGUGAGGCGGAACGACGCCGAGAUGGAGGAGGAGGAGUUCUGGCAGAACGAGCUGCAGAUCGAGCACGAGAGCGAGAGGCAGCUGCGGCAGCAGCUAGCCGAGCUGCAGGGCCGCGUGCGCGACUGCGAGGGCAAGCUUUCAGAGUACCUGGCGCGCAUAGAGGGCAUGGAGACGGGCCUGGAGCAGGAGCGACUGCAGCAGGAGGCCGAGCUCAAACAGAGGGCCAAUGAAGAGGAGGUGCAAGGCCAGCUGGAGAAAGUGAGGGCCGAGCUGGAAAUGCAGAGCCAACUAACGGCGAGGCUGGAGAGCAGCUGCAGGGCGCUGGAGCGCUCGCUUGGCCAGUCAGGCAAGAGAUUACAGGAGAAGGAGCAGGAGCUGGAGCAGCUGACAAAAGAGCUUCGACAGGUCAACCUGCAGCAGUUCAUUCAGCAGACCGGCACCAAGGUCACGGUGCUGCCUGCUCAAGCCACAGAAGAGAACAGCAACGAGGUGGAGUGUGGCUCUCUGAAACGGCUCGGCUCUUCCCGUCUCCUACCCAGCGACCUGCGCGCUCUUCAGAGCACCGUUUCCUCCAGCCUCAACCCCGAAGGCAUCUACGUCUGACCCCAAACAGUCAGCGGACAUUAUUUUAUUUUUUUUGCAGCUCGGUUCAGUGCUUGGAAGGAAGCAAGAAAUGACUCAACAAACUGCUGCACUGGCACCUCAGUGUGGACGCGAGUUUGAGAACAAGCCUUGACAAGAAAAAGUCAUGUUUUGCAUUUUUCCUGCACUGUCGCCUCUUCCAUCUUACCAAGACCGGGGACUCAAACUGAUGUCAAUAACCAUUUGCGUUUAAUGUGCCGUCUGAACUCUGACGAAUGAGUGCGGAUUCCUCUUACAUCAGCAGCUCCAUUGUCUGUGAGUUUAAAAAAAAAAAUAAUAAUAAUCAAGCCAGCAGAUGCUUUACUUCUUUGUCUUUUUCUUUUUUUUUUGAGUGAGUUUAAAAAAAAUGAGGCAGCCAGUGUGGAUUAUUUGUAUGCAGUAAAUCAUAAAAGAACCACAUGUACAGAUAUAUAGUACAUACAUACACAAAAAACUAUUUUGCAUGAGCAUGCACAAAUACUGACACCACACCUGUGCUAUAAACCAUAGCCAUAUCUGACUGCCUUACUCUGGUGCUUUAAGACCAGACGUCAGUUGUGUUUGAAACUCAAGGUAGCUACCGAACACUAUGCGCCAUAUGAAUUUGAUAAAAAAAAAAAAUGCUUCGCACCAAUUCAGGUGACUCCUAGUUGUGGUAACUGAUGUCAGUAUAAGUGAACACUUUAUACAUCAGUUUGACCUUUUGUAUUGAUUUCAGUAGGAAAUUAAUUAGCAGUCUUACAUAUCUUAGGUUUAGUCAGCAAAACACAGGAUAUAAGAACAAGUAGCAGGAUUCAUGUAGCUCCUGAAGCAUUUAACAUUUUAGGUGAAAUAGUUUGGCUUUUUUGGCACAAUUUACAUUUGCAUUGAUCACAAAGAUUCUGUGAUUUCAUUUUUCUUUUUUUGUUAUUCUUUCUCCAAAAUGAAAUGUGUGUGAGCAAUGACAGAGGCCUUUAAGUCUGCAGAGAAUCCAGUCUGGAAAAGACCACUGGGUGGCGACAAAACCUAUAUUAUUAUUAUUAUCAUUUCGAGACGUGAACCUUAAACGUGUGGAAGUUUGACGUGUUGAGCCUGUAUUCAUUUUCAUGAGUCAUAUAUAACAUAUUCUGUAUAAAAAAAAAACAAAAAACAAAAAAAAGCACUUUAGCGUUCAGUGUAUUAAGGUGCCAAGUAGAAUAUUGGCCCAAGUUUCACUGUGUUCAUUAAGCAGCUACAACAAACACUUCUAAAACUCUCACCUGAUUUCUAACCUUUUAACCAACUAAAGAUGUCUCAUAUGAACCAAAGCUAGAGUAACAAAACAAACGUUUAGAUGAAUGUACUUUUUUUAUAUGUGUGCAGCUCAUGCUCAUACCGGGCUUGAGUCAAAUAGUAGUUGCAUAUUUUUCAUGGUUUGCUGCCAUUAGGGACGGUAAGCUCUGUCACACAGGAGGAUAUAGUUGGGUGACAAAGUUUCUCAGAGAAGGAAACUCGACACCGAAGAAGCUGACAGUAAAAUUCAGACACCAGUCAGUCAACAUCCAAACUGUGUUAAAAAUACUGUAUAUGCUCUGUAUGGCCUCAAAAAAUCUAUUUUAAAUGUGUAUAAUAAUUGUAGAUUUGGGAGGAAAAAAAAGUAUUUGGGGACUCACGUCAGUCGUCACAUUCAUUUAAUUUGCAAGUAUGAAUUUUGGUCCAAACGUCUUAGUCCAAAAAUGGGCAUUUAAGUCUCCUCUCGCAACUUUUAAGUCUCCUCUUGCAGCUUAAAAAUGUGUGGGCAUGGUGUGCUUCAGUGACAUGCUCAAUGUGGGAACUUUGAGUAGCAGGUAUCCCACACAGUUUUCUGGUGAUUUAAUUUGUGCAGCUGCAAAUCUUUUUCUACUUGUGCACAAACUUGAAUUUCCCUUGCAGUGUUUUUCGCCGUGAUAAUCAACCGCAAAGUUUGCAAUUACUUCAUUUUCCGAGACUCUCGUCUUUUGUGCUGCGAAUGCAUAAUGACAAAGUGUUAUUCCUCUCCCCAGUAUGGCGAGUCCUGCUCAGUUGUUUGCUUUGCAGAGCAAAGGUAACUGGAGAAAUUCACAUCACUUCCUUUUAAAGUCCUCUCUGAAGCUGUUCAGUGACAGUUACAGAGAAUUGCAGUAUUAUCGUCAUGGCAACAACUUCGGCUGUGACAUGGAGACUAUAACCUGCUAACAAAGGAAUCACAGCCUUUGUUGGAAGAAAGUUUUGAAUAAUGGCAUGCCUUACUAAGAAAACAAAAUGUAAAUGUCUACAUAUCACAUCAAUCUCUGGACUAUUUUUAAAGUAGAUUGAUAUAUGCAGAGUGUUAGAUGUUAAUGCUGCUAGUCAAUAGGCAGUGUGUGCAUGCAAUGAUGUGUGAUUGGUUUAGCUGGAUUCCCAGUUAGUGGCUACCAAGGAUGCAACAAUUCAUAUGAAGCUUGUUUUUGGUUCGUUUUGUCCCAUUUUUUGCCUUGUUAAUUUGUAGAGUUUUGAAUGCAGAAAAUUGCCAAUUAAUGGUUAUGCAUUUUCAUUUAAUUUUGGCAGUAAAUAACAUUUGUACAUGAAAAAGAGUUGCAAUGAAACAUGACAAUACGUUUAUCAUUUUUUCUGUUUUUUCGUCGUGCUUCACGCUUAAAGACUUUGCCAAUAAUUGGCUUCUGUUGUGCCAUGAAUGGGGCUUUUCAGUAAAAGUGCAUAUACAAAUGAGAUGAUGGAGCCAUUAUGGAAACAGCCAUCAAGUGGCUUUGAAAGCUAUUUUAAAAACGCUGUGGCUCAGGGAUAUUUCAAGACACAGAAUUACUCAGACAAGAAUGGACGGAGAGUAAUUAUGGAUAAAUGCUGUUCACAAUGUCUGCAAGCAUUUGACAAGUUAAACUGUAUGUUUGCUCUCAUUGGGACUUCAAUGGUUGUUUGACACGAAGCACUGGGUCCUCGAUACAACACGACAACUAGACCUGAAGUAAUGAUUCUGUAAAAGGAGAGUAGCCAAAAGUAAAGUGUCUCUGUUGGCUCAUGAUUCAUGAACAAACAAGGCUAAUUUGUAUGAAUUAUGAGAGAUAUACCACAGGAUACACAACUUGAGAUAUAGUUGAAGUCACAAGGUUUGUUUACGUGAGAACUUGCAUAAACUGUCGUAAGCUGUCAAUCAAUUGUAUUGUAUUCAAAAUAUUAUAAUUUUGUAUUGUUUACCUACCAAUUCACCCACUGUACUUUUUAUCGAUCAGAAAAUAUCAGAUAUUCCUCUUUUGGGUCAUAGUUCAGUCACUAUAUAUGAAAAACAUCAAAAUCUAAAUCCAAGAAUAAUGUAAAAUACAAUAUAUACAUGGAAUAUAUUUGAAAACAUGUCAGAAAUCAAUAAACUGCUAUACAAUGCUA